AUGUCCGGUAGUUAUUGGACAUCUACCCAACGAUCGAAAUGGCAAUUUACAAGACAAUCGUUAGCUCGAGAACGAGCAUGUCUUUGGAAUACAGAAUUACAACAAUACCCUAAUGGGUUGAAUGUCAUCAUGGAUACACCUUCCAAGAGGGAUAAUAAUAACAAUACGACAAAUAGUAACGGACAUCAAAUAUAUGCCAAGAAUAUACCUAUAGCAGCACGAGAUUUACAUUGGUCUAAGGAUUAUAAUUUGAGGAUUUAUAGUUAUUUUUUAAUAAUGAAAUUGGGACGUCGACUUAAUAUUCGUCAAUGUGCAUUAGCGACAGCUCAAAUAUAUAUGGCUCGAUUUCUAUUAAAAGUCUCUGUAAGAGAGAUCAAUUUAUUUCUAUUAGUCACCACAUGUGUUUAUUUAUCAUGUAAAGUGGAAGAAUGUCCUCAAUAUAUCCGUACACUGGUUAGCGAAGCAAGAUCUCUUUGGCCUGAAUAUAUCCCACCUGAUCCGACAAAAGUGACAGAGUUUGAAUUUUAUUUGAUUGAAGAAUUGGAUAGUUAUUUGAUAGUUCAUCAUCCCUAUAAUUCUAUGGAAGAGAUCAUCAAGUGUCUUAAACAAGAACCUUAUAAUUUAAAAUUGAAUAAUGAAGACAUUCAAAAUUGUUGGAGUCUGAUCAAUGAUAGUUACAUAAUCAAUGAAGUACAUCUGUUAUAUUCACCUCAUAUCAUUGCUGUGUCAUGUCUUUUCAUAACGAUCUGUCUUCGUAAUGUCAAGAGUAUUAAUAAUUAUAAUAAUAUGAAUAGUGGGGUGAAUGAAGAUUCUCGUAAUAAUACGAAUAGUAAUAUGGAGAUUAAUAAGAAGAAACAAGAAAUCUUUAAUCGAUUCUUGGCUGAAUCACAAAUCAAUUUGGAAGAAGUGAUGGAUACGAUCCAGCAAACGAUCACGUUAUAUGAACAUUGGGAAUCAUACCAAGAAGUAUGGAUCAAGUUUCUUUUGCAUGCAUUAUAUUUACGAAACCCUACUAAAAUGAAUUAA